AUGAAACAUGAUUUGCAAAGCAAGAAUUUAAAGAAAGCUAGAGAAGAACUAAACGAGGCAAAACAACGUGUGGCAGAAGCAAAACAACAAGUCGAAGAACUUGCACAAUAUAUAAGGCGUGACUGUGUGGAAAUCGCUGGAAUUCAACCUACAAGGGACCUAUCAUGUGAAGCAAUAGUGAAUUCAAUUGGUGAAACAAUUGGAGUUCCCAUUACUGCCGACGACAUAUCAAUCGCGCAUCCAAUACCAUCGUAUAAUCAAUCUGCAGCGCCUAAAUUAAUUGUAAAAUUCACUCGAAGACAAGUACGGAAUAAGUUUUAUCAAGCCCGUAAGAAGCUUGCCUCUAAGAAAGCGAAAGAUCUUCCUCGACUUGAUCUCGAGUCCAAUGCACGGGUAUACAUUUCUGAAUCUCUGACCCCUUACAAGAAGAACUUAUUUGGUCAGGUCAAUAAACUCAAGAAGCGAUUGAAAUGGAAAUACAUUUGGACAUAUAAUGGACGGAUUUACCUCAAGCAAGACGAGAACAAUGUCGUGCAUACAUUCGACACGCUGGAAGACUUCGAUAAAUUCCAAUCAAGGAAUCGCUCAACUAACAACUAA